ACGUCUAUAGACGGAAUUUAAAUAACAAUAACAAACAUGGCAGACACCACGUCAAAUCUCACAUCAGGAAAUCUUCCUGCAUCAAAUCCUUUGUCAAAGAAGCUAAACAAGAUAUUAGAAACUAGACUCGAUAAUGACAAAGACAUGCUUGAGGCUCUUAAAGCUUUGUCAACUUUCUUUGGUGAGAACAGCUUGAGGACAAGACGAAACCUUCGUAGUGAUAUUGAAAGAAGAAGUCUUGCCAUUAAUGAGGAGUUCCUUCAAACUUUCCAAGUGGUCAAAAAUCAAUUGGACAGUGUGUACUCAGAUGUUAAAGCAAUGAGUGACUGCUGUCAGGAUAUGACCACAAGGUUAAAGAAUGCCAAGGCACAGACACAUGAUCUUAUAAAUCAGACUACAAAACUACAUGGUGAGAGUCAAAAAUUACAGAUGAAGCAGCAAGUUGCUGAUACCUUCCUUGAUCAGUUCCAGUUAAAACCGGAAGAGAUACGGUCUCUAAGGGGAGCUAAAUCUGGUGCACUUUCACAGGAUUUUUUCCAAGCAUUGUCCAGGGUAAAGCAGAUACAUACUGAUUGUAAAGUGUUGUUAAGAACCAAUCAUCAAACAGCUGGCUUGGAGAUAAUGGAGUCUAUGGCAUUACACCAGGAGUCAUCUUAUGAGAGGCUAUACAGAUGGUCACAAAAUGAAUGUCGGAUGUUGACCGGAGAAGCACCGGACAUUUCACCGAUCCUUUGUCAGGCAUUACUCGCACUACAAGACAGACCUGUACUGUUCAGAUACACAUUAGACGAGUAUGGUACAGCAAGACGUACUGCCGUUGUCAGGGGUUUGAUUGAUGCUCUGACUAGAGGAGGUCCUGGUGGUACACCACGCCCCAUUGAAUUACAUUCCCAUGAUCCUUUGAGGUAUGUUGGAGAUAUGUUGGCAUGGUUACAUCAGGCUACAGCCUCGGAGAAGGAAUAUCUGCAGACAUUAUUGAAAAGAUGUGAACAGGCUAUUAAGAUAUGUCAGGGGGACAUGCGGGAUGUAAAUAAGGACGUUAUUCAUGUGACAGGAGCCACUGAUGACACAAUUCAAGAUAUCCUUGGGCAUAUAACUGAAGGUGUUUGUCGACCGUUUAAGGUUAGGGUGGAGCAGGUGUUGGUGUCGGAACAAGAUGCUGUAACACUCUACAAACUGAACAAUCUUCUUAAAUUCUACCUGCAUACUAUAGGGCAGAUAAUUAACCCAGAUGCUGCUUUGUUGUCAACUAUUUUGGAAAUACGUGAUCUGAGCCACAGAAUGUUCUUUAACAGUUUAACAUGUAAUGCCAACAAACUACUGGAUAAGGUAGAGUUACCGCCGGCAGAUUUAGGUCCUACAGCCUCACUAGCUCAGACAAUGACUCUUCUAAAGGAUGUGCUACAGUGCCAUGACUCUUCUGUUGUCACUCUAGAAAAUAAAAAACAGGACUUUAAACAGAUUUUGGCAUGUGUUCUGGACCCGGUGCUCCAGAUGUGUUCAGUAUCAGCCAGUCGUCUGAACACAGUAGAUAUGGCUGCAUACAUGGUGAACUGUAUAUAUUUGAUGCAGACAACAAUUGCCCUGUAUGAGUUUACAGACACUCGUCAGGAAAUGUUACAAGCCCAGAUUGAUGCCCAAAUUGACACUAUGGUUAGUGAACAGGCGGCAUUUAUUCUAAACCGUGUUGAUCUUGCUCAUAUAUAUGGUUCCAUUCAACAACAUCAACCCAAACAGGGCCCAUUGUCUUCUUUACAAGGGUUAGAUGCCAUCACUGUAAAAUCUGCUAUGAACAAAUUUGACAGUUAUUUAGCCAGUCCAGAUAGUUUAUUGUUACCACAGUUUACACUGAUCACAAGCUCCAAAAAUAGAGAACUUAUCAAAAAGAAUUCCUCAGAACUAAUCUGUAAGUCCUAUAAGCUGAUGUAUGAUGCAAUUAGUGAUCCAAAGAACGAGUACGGAGAGUAUCAUAGCAUUGUACCUAGAACACCAGACCAAGUUGUGAAACUUCUCAUGUAAUAUGGUACCAGACCAAAUUUUGAAACUCUUGAUUUUAUAUUGGAGAGUAUCUUUACAUUGUACUGAAAUUACAAGACCAAGUUGUGAAACUCUUAAAAGGGUGAGAAAAAAUACCCACUGUUAUAGUUUUUAAUACAUUUUGAGUAGGCAAUACUGAAGGUAAUAAGCUUGUACAAUAUAAAUUGUAACUUAUUCUUAAAAUUUAUUGCAUUUUUUGUUUGAAGAAGAAAAGAAAAAUUGUCAAUUGGAAAAAAAAAAUUCUAUUUUAUUUCUAAAUCUGCUGGAACCAAAAGUGAUAAGCCUUUGCUAAAGAGCAUGGCAAGGGAGAAUAUCCAACUUCAAGUUUUCAAUAUGAUAUUGUCAAAAUUAAUAAUGGACAGUUACAGGGAGCUGGACAAGUCCAUUUAAGACAUUCUGCAAGUCAGAGGUAACAUUAUGACUUUGAAAGAUGUGGGAUAAGUUUAUUAAGAAUGUUUCUGUGAUAACUUAUGUAUUGCAAUGUUGGAGUAAUUGUUUGUGUAAAUAGGCUGGGAUAUAUUGAAUUAAAUAUAUUAUUAUUUGAUAA